UUCCUCCUCCUCUCUUAUUUGUUGGUCAUUGAAAUUACCACACAAAAAGGGCAUAAUAAAUAAACCAAUUAAAGGACACAAUUUGUGGGUUGAGGAAACAUACCAAAUCAAACUUAUUGCUCAUGUCAAAAAAAAUCGAACUUAUUGCUAAAAUUGUUUUAUUUUUUUAGCUCACAAUUUCAAAAUAUCUUCUCCAUCUCUGUAUAAAUUUUUUCCUUUAAAAAAAUUGAAUCUUUAUUUAUUUGGGUUGUUGAUAUCACCAACCAGUAGACAAUAGACAUCACUGUUCACUAAAUUUUCCUUUUUUUGGGUUUUGGUUUAUAUGAAGUAUGAGUGUAUGAUAUGAUGAUCUCUUUAAUAGAGCUAUUCAGUUUUUGGGUUUAAUUGUUUUCCUUAUUUAUUGGUUGUUCUUCCUGUAAUUGCAACCUUGGGAGUCGUCAUCAUCAUCAUCAUUUCCUGCUUGGAUUUUUAACAUCUUUGCAUGCAUGGGAGCAGAGGUUGUCUUGGAUGUUGUACUAAGCCCCAACUAAUCAUCGCUGUGGACAAACCAUCGAAAGGACUGAAAAUACAAGGUCGAGCAGUUAAGAAAUCGAGCAUACCCGAAGAUAUUUGGAGUAGUAGCACAUAUGAAAUGGACAAUAGUGCAGUUCAGUCACAAAGAAGCAUUUCAUCGACGAGCAAUCAGAACCUCGAACCUCAUGGUGGUCGUGGAAGCACUAGCAAUCCAUCUGAAUUUGUAAAUAACGGCCUUCUUUUAUGGACCCAAAUAAGGCAGCAGUGGGUUGGUGACAAAAAGGCUCGCAACCAGCCAAAAAUGCGCGAACCCAGAUUAAGUUGGAAUGCUACGUAUGAGACUCUACUUGGGACAAAUAAACCUUUUCCGCAACCAAUUCCUCUGCCCGAAAUGGUAGAUUUUCUUGUUGAUAUCUGGGAACAAGAAGGCUUAUAUGAUUGAACAAUCCCGAUUCCAAAAACUGGGAAACUGAUAACUUGUUUUUCGCAUCUUUGCGCGUAUUUUGUAAAGGUUUGGUGCCUGAAGGAGAUAAAUAGCAAAGCUAUAUAAUCGCCUCUACAGCACAAUCAAUUCUCAAAAACUGGUCUGUAUUCCAACUUAAUUUUUAAAAUUCAUCGACUCUUAAACUUUACGAUUAGCUUUGAUUGCUAAUAUUGUGUCGUCGGGUCUCAGAACUCGUUAAUUUGCAUGAUUAGUAGUUAUUGGGUAUCUUCUUUGAUAAUCUAUUCUGCUGAAGAUGAUUGAAUUUAGCAUGUUUGAUGGAUUUUGUGAUAAAAACUGUGUUAGGAAAGCAUGUAUUGUUGAAGGUAAAUAUUCAUGUUGUGAUUUUUAAGUUAAUCUCGGUUAAUAGUUAUAUGUCGGUUAUCAAAAUCGGUCACAAUUUAUCAACCGGUUCGAGUGCAAUUUCAGUUCGGGUAAUAUCGGUUUGGUAAGCUUGAUAAAAUUACAAAAUUUUCGAAUUAGGUUUUUGGGUCGAACCACAUUUGAACAUCUCUAGAUAUGAGGUGAUGUGAAAAAUCGAUCAAAAUGGUAAAUAAGGUAAGGUGAUGUAAAGAAUGAUCAAGUAUUAGCUUAUUUAUACUAUGUUGGUCAACAUUUAUUUGAUCUAAAGUUUACUCCAUUGAAUUCAUUAUAAUUGUUUCAUCAAGUAUUUUGUCGAUACACUAUUGAUAAAAAUAUGAUAUGAUAUUUACAACAGAGUAACAAUUGAUCAAAUACAUAAUAAUUUUAAUCAAAUAAAAUUUUAUAUGUAGAAAGUCACGAUCAUUAUAAAGGAGAUAUAAUAUUAAAGUUUUCCCCUUAUCACAUCGUUUUUUUAUAUAGACUCCUCCGAUGAGGUCUUUAGAUUUGGCUUGGUUUUGAAAUAGAGAUAAAUUUGAUAAUAUUGGCUUUAUAUACUUUUUUACCAUCGAAUUAAUAACAAGACUCUAAACUCUCAUCAUGUGAAACAUUAAAACCCAAUAUAUGGGUAAAUCUAAUCCAAUAAUGGAUAUAACAACUCUAUAAUAUAUGGAGUAUAAAUUUUACUUGUAACUAAAAACGAAAAAAGCAAAAUUAAAGAGAUUGGAGGUUUAAUAUCAACAAUAAGGUUGAUAGUAGCUCCUAAAUUAACAAUGAAGGUUAGAGUUUUCUUAAGAGAAAAAGGAAAGAGAGAGAAAGAAGGGAGAGAAUGGUGGGAGGUUAUAAAUAGUACUCCCUUCGUUCCAUUUAAUUUGCAGCAUUUUUCAUUUUGGUCCGUUCUACUGAAUUUGUAUUAUUUAUAUUUUUGGGUAAUGGUCCACCAUUUUCUUUUAAUCUCAUCCAUACAUUUUAACUCUCUUUUAAUUCAUCCACACAGUUCAUUCUCUUUCUUCAUUUAUUACCACAUUCUUAAAAAUUACCCUCUUUCUCUUUG